CGUGAAAUACGGAUAACACGGAUCUCUAAAUAGAAGUGCAAGUGAGAAAUGCACGAACUGGCCGAAUGACUUUCAAUCGUGUUCGUGCGUGUUCCUUGUUGUUUUUUAUGUAUGUGCAUCGGUUUCUCGGUUCUAAGUUACUUUAGUUGUGUCUAACUGAGUGACUCCGGCUGGCAGUGUUUUGUGGUAAUGACCACUAUGAGACUACAUGGCUAGUUGGAGCAGGUCACUUACCCACACGUCCAAGGGGUGAGUGGGUGUGAGUGUAAGUGAGUUUAGGAGAACUGACAUAUACGUUUGAACCAAUACAUGCAUACAUGUAGAUACAAUACACGCCAAUUACUCGUAUAGAAUUUUAGUCUCACACUCCGUGAAACUUUCAAUAGCCACAGCAGCAGCGGCAGCAAUAACCGCAACAACAACAACGUAUAGAGUGGUCUACACUAGUUCUGUUGUUCAUUGAAAAUAAUGGUCAAUGGUUUAAUGCAUGCAGUCGUUGUACGAACACCGUUCCGUAAAACACCACAACCAGCGAGCGCUUGACAGAGCCAAAAAUUGAAACACGCACUUAUCCCAUCUACCCUACCACACAACAUCCAUCGGGUUGUCCGUUCGUAAAGGGAAAAUGUGCAUUUCUAAUGUAAUGGUUCGGUACGGAUGUUCUUGGGUAAAGCGAAAGUGAGAGUAGGAAAAAAUAAAAAAAAAAUUGAAAGUGAAAUUUUCCAUUUGGGAAAUUCUUAAGUGAAGUUCUCAGUGCAUUAGCGAAAAUAGAAUACUUUAUCCUAUUCGGUGCUCAAUGUGCAUAUGUGUUGGCAGCCCGUGAGGCCAUGCUGGCCAUUUCAACAAAGUCACAACAAUUAAAAUAAUAAUGAAUUCUAAAAAAUUGUAAAAAGAAAACAGACAUUGUAAAAAAUAUAUCCGCAUAUCUAUAUAACGAAUGCUGAUGCAUAGCAUGUCUCCGACGAACCGCUCGAGUCGCUGGUGUAUAGAAAAAAAAAAGAUAAUAAAUGUUGAAUGAUUAAAUGGCAAACGGUAGUCAGCGCCAAGAAACGAGUUUCGAUUCGAAUUCGUAAGCAAGGAAAUAAAUUCCAACAAUAAAUGAAGAAUUGUGUAUAUUGUUUAAUGAAUAUUUAUUUGUUUGUUGGCCAAGACAAACACUUGCACACCAACACCAACACACACACACACACUCAGCAAGGAAAAAACCCACAACGACAAACGACAAAUGAAAGUGAAUGUGUGAUUUUGUGUUUAUGGAUUGAAGCAGGAAAUAACGGAAAAAUGCUAUAUGUAGGUUCACCCCUUCUGAAGAGUGCUGAGGGCGAAAGACCAACACCAUGACGUCUGUGGCUAAGGACCAGUGAAAAUAAAAUCAUUUGGCAACCGAAAUGCCUUUUAAGGGGCUCACAGCUAAAAUGAGAACUAUGAAAACAACAACAAUGUGUUGUUAUUGCCAAAGCCAUGUGAAGUAAACAAAAGCAAAAACAAUAAAAAAGUGCAUAAGAAUUACAACAAAUGAAGAGACUUGCAAUAAACCUCAAUUAAAACUGAAAUUUUAUAUACUCUCUGCAAGAAAAGUAAAACGUCAAUUAAGAAAAACAAAAAAAAAAACUAAAAGUGAAAUAAUCCAUAGACUCAUGACAGCCACCAACAGACAGGCAGACAUCGUUUGGAAAUGAAAUCAACGGCAGUGGGCAAAUGAAAUACAAACAACGAAAUGUAGAUGGCUGUGGAUGAUACACAUAAAACGGAGGCCAGCCACACUUACACGCACGUGGACACCCAACAGCCAUAAACAAACGGAAAACAACGAUAACUUAGCAACAACAACAACAACCAAAAAAGAAAGAAAAACAAACAAAGAAAAUAGCGUCAAAACCAAACAGAGCCAAGUGCAAAACUUGUGACCCUAUCGUCACCACCAUCAUCCUUCUUGUUGUUCAGGGACAAAGGAAGCACAGGGAAUUGGAAUACCCAUGCAAAUGCCUUAGCGAAUAUUUUGGCCCUUCCCAAGGCAGCAGCAAGCAACCUGCGGUCUACAAAUGAAAUUGGCCAAAAGCAAUCAGUCAAUUAGUGUGGCUGUGUUCGGGAAAUAGUUGGACAUAAUUUUCCCUUAACACAGUAAUUACAACGAACAACAGAGUUAGAUGACAACAACUUGGGCCACCAACCAGCCAUAAUAAAACUAAAACAAAGAAGACAAGUAGUUUUAAAGAUUGAGAAUUUUGUUUCAGACCCCCCUCCUCACCCCCUUUAAAAGCACCCAUAUUUUAGAGAAUUUAAUUAUCUUCACCAAGUGAAGUUGAAAAGAGACAUCUAAGGAACCAAACAAUAAAUAACACCAACUUUAGCUAAGGUGAACGCCCCCUCCACCACACUCUCACAAAUAUCUUUAAGCACGAAGCAAGCCAGAAGGAUCCUUUUCGCCACCCAACAAAGACUGAUUUAUGUUCAUAUCUUCAUCUUCAUCUGUAACUACAACUACUGCGUCCUCAUCAACAACAUCAACAUCAACAUCAAGAUCGUAGUCGACAUUGUCAGCAACAACUUUCGCAUAGCCAUCUUUAGUUAGCAGAACUUGUAUUUAAACAUAGCUGCAGUAGUCAAGGACCCUCCAACAUACACACACACACACACACACACACAAUCUCAAUAUACACGUAUUAUGAAAAUUGUAAAUUUCCAACCUUAUUAUCCCGAACUUGUCAACGAAGUCAGUAGCAACAGCAGCAGCAGUAAAAUCAGCAACUUCAUCCACAUCAGCAACAAAACAAGGACCAACUAUAACAAAAGCAGCAGCAAUAGCAGCAGCAACAUCAACUUUCAAGCAAUUCGGCCCUGCCAUCAUUUUCACCUGAAUUUGUGCUACUUCCACAUUCGCCUUAACGCGAAUACUCUGGAAGCCUGGAGGCAACGAACAAGAACGUGUCGAAAUAUUUUUAUGGCCAACAUGUUUGUGUUUAUCAUCAUCAUAUUAAUUGUGAAUGCCUGCAUAGCCGGCACCAUACCAGCGACGCCGGAAAAUAUAACAGUCACCUUCCUAACACCGACUACAGUGCGGGUUUCAUGGCAGACAAUGAUCGAUUUGAAUGCACAUCCUGUGGAGAAGUACAUAGUGACAUACAAGCCCACAGAUGACAGUUACAGGGUUAUGCAGGAUGUGGCCGGCAACAGUGAAGCCAUCAUUUUGGAUCGUCUAACACCGGGCACCCAGUAUUCCAUUGUCGUUUCGGCUGUCUGGUUGGGCAAGAAAUAUCGCAGUCGUCAGGUUAUAUUUAGGACAUUAGAUUUACCACCCAAACCCUAUGCCCAGCAAGACAGUGGAGGUGAUGGAGGUUCUCUAAUAUUAGCCGGCGGAGCAGGAGCCUCUGCAAUUGGCAGCGGCCGUGGAGGCAGCAACAGCAACGGCAGUGGGGCAUACAACGAAGAUGGUGUUACCUCUACUGCCACAAAUUCUUUGUCGCAUGGUACACACAGAGAGCUGCCAACGAUACGAGGUGUCGAAAUAGGCAUUGUUCUCAUCGUUCUAAUGGUGUGGGCUGGAGCCAUAGCCCUUUUCUUCAAUCGUUGGGGUAAGAUACGCAUGCUGUUACCCUAUCAGCCGGACUACAAGCACGAGCAGCUGAAGGUGCCUGGCACUGGAGUAUGCAGUGGCGGUGUCUGCAAUGGACAACAUUCACAUCAGUUCGAUAGCAGCGAUUGCGGAGCGCUCGCCUAUCAGCCGUUACAUUGUAGUCGUGAGGAGCAUUCAGCCUCCAUCUCAGAACGUAUAACACGUAGCCGCAUCAAUUCAGCGAUAUUUGUAUCCUCCGAAGGGCGAGGAUUCGAUUCGAUCGAAUUCCUGCGACGUCAUGGAUCACAAAGUGUUUUAUGCCGCAAAGCGAAAAGUGCAGAGAAUAUAACAGACAAUGGCAGAAAGAAAAGUUUUGUCGAAAAUCGCCAAUGGCACACCGAUGACAACAGCGGCCAAGAUGCUCAAAAUGAAAAUGCCAUCGAACUGCAAGAAUGCUCAAGAAGUGUUGAAAAUCAUCCCAUAGUAGCGCUCAAAACGAACGUUGAAAAACUAUUGGCCGCCACCAGUGUGCUCAACCAUUCGGCGACAGUGACCACCUCGAAUAAGGUGGUGGGCAGCAUCUCCAUAGAGACACCGCCCUCUCACAUCAGGGAGGAACAGCAGAAAGCAGUGGCUAUACCGCCACCACCAGCGCCGCCUUUAAGUUCUGCCAAUACAGCAUCAUUCAAUUCAGCUUCCCACGACUCAGCCGAUACAGUUGAAGAAUUGGUUUCAAUACCCAUAGAUCCGGUAACCGUUGUGCCAAUAGCACCCACACCGGCACCCACAGUUGUUGCCACAUCAUCGAUUAUCGCUCCAGCGCCGGCACUUGUGCCAGCGAUAGCACCCGCUGCCGUUCUUGUGCCAGCGCUGGCACCUGCCCAUCCCCUGGUGACCGCUCUCGCACCUGCACCAGCCCCUACGCCCAUCUCAAGUGUGGUAGUUAGUCGGCCUCGUGGCCUGGUGCGUCAACGUUCUUCAACAGCAUCGCCGGUACUCUCAUCCGCUCAUAGUAGCCCCAAGGCAUUAAAACUGAAGUGUAUAACACCGAAAAUUAGCAACUUACCCAUGGUUUCGGUAUCGGGGCCAUCACCCUCCGAUGAAAAGCCCCCGCCCAGUGAUUGUUUGUAACAAAUGGUAGCCGAAACAUUUAUUUAAAAUUCACCCAAUCCGCCAAAGAUCACUAACGACAAGAACAACAACAACAUCAUGAACAUCAAGUGACCUAAACAAAAAUGGAAUUGGGAACACAUCGGACGGGCAGUGAAACCAGUAAAAAGGGAGGUAUUUUUUGAAAUCAACU